GUCAGGAGAUAAAUACCCAUAAAAAAACUACAACAAUGACGGAUAUUUAAAAAAAACACAUACAGCAGAAGAAGACAACAAAGACGAAUCGACAAUGCCGAAAGAUUGAAGAGGAAAAUAUAACUAAAAGAAAUAAAAUAAAAGGCUUAAAAAAAUGAAAAGGCCAGAGAUAGACAUCAUAGACACCGACUGCCUUUUGAAAAACCUAAAAAAUGGAAUGGAACUGUUGCUGAUUUUUUCUUUGACCUCCUAGUUUAAAACGGCAGAAAAACCUACUUUUUUUCUUUUUUGUGGAAAGGUUGUAUCAACAGAAGAGAAAGGCGUCGGCUUGGCAAGCCUCGUCGUUCGUUCGGUUGCCGAGAUACUCAAGCACGGACUUAGGGAGCCGAAGGUGAGCUUUUGGCAUAUAGUUCGCGACCUGACUCAUUCGAGCACGCGUCAGUGCCUCGCUCGAUCUCUCAAGCACAUUCAUGACAAUCAGCAACGAGGUCUCUUUUGGAUUUAUUAUACUCUGAUAGAAGGGUCGCUUGACUCUUAUAUGCACUGUUUAGUCUCCGACGGAGAAUGUUUGAACAGGAACUAUUUGGAUUAUGCACUACUUCGGGAUAAUUUCUGCGUAACUAAGUUUAUAUUAUUAUUGACUUCUUUGGCUCAGGUCAAUAUUACACCUUUGGAUUCAACAACGUGUGUCGGACUGAGGCUCGAGUUCCAUAAGAACUCGAAAGAAACCAUCGUCUCGACGCCAAGUUCCACAAUCAGCUCGCCCGGCGAUUCAGGUCUCCAUGAGUCAAUGGAUGACACGUCUGAUGGCGUUUUUGAUUUGAACAAAAAAUUAUGCUCCUCGGAUUCAACGUUGACCCAAGUUGAAGCCGCUUUUUCGGACUGCAGCCUCAGCUGUGCCACAGAGCCUCUGGCCAAGGCUGUACAAAGGAGGAAGCGGGUGUCGUUCCACGAAACAGUCAUGGGUGAAGACUCGAAAGGUACGAUUUGGGAGAGGAGGUCAUGCGACGUUGAAACGAUGGCGUGGUGGAAAGCAGGGCUCAUCACAGCCGGCGAGAAAGGCGAGGACGCUUUGAACAUGGAGCGCGGUGCUCCAGAAGGUUCAGAAGAUCCACAGGCUUUCGUUGAGAUGAAAUCCGAGAGGCAGGUCAAGCCACUGAAACGUACCAUGAAACGCCGCAAGCCGUUUGGACGCUCCAGGAACAUCCACUUCAUGGCCGUUUAUCCGGGCGCUGUCGAAAUAGAAAUGCCGGAUCAUAUUGACGAUACAGAACUCCAUGCUGAAAGGAUCGCAACGCGCCUGCCAGAACGUAUGUCUAGCCUGGAGCGAUUCCUAAACACGAGCAUCUACAAGAUGUACAAUAUGAUAGAUAACGAGAGCAAUUCGUACGUAUGCUUCUUGGCGAUGCACGAACUCUGCUUCAUAACGCUUACGGAUAACCGGGUAAUGAACAUGCACCGAAUACUGUACAAAGACAUGGAAUACGUUGGGGUCGGCCCAAGUCCGGAACACUUGACCCUUCAGGACGGCAAGAGGUUCUUGAUCACGACCCGGGGCGAGGAUUUUUGCUCGUGGCUCCACUACGCCGUCUACAAAGAGACGGCAAAGGUUUUGGACUUCAUCCGUAUCACCCCUGAAGACGCUUUCACGAGGGUACUUUCAAAUUACGCGGAAUUAAAGUGUUUGAAUAUAAUAUAUACAACAUGGGCAGUCAUUUGUGACCCGUUUUGUAAUGAUGACCGGACGUAUAGUCAAUACUUGAUGAUUUCUGUCGGCAUGAGCGGCAACUUUUGGGAACCGGCUAUGGUCGAGAUCAACUCAAGGUGCGAGUUGGAGUUGAGGCCAUGCGCGAAAGGCCGCAAGAACCUCCGCUUGCCGUUGAGUGAGUGCACUGUAUGCGACCGGUGCAUCUCGUCCGAGCGACCGUACACGUUCAAACUGCGAUUUGACAGGAAGUCACCCAGGGACAGGCUGAUCGUCUUCUUCGCGGCGCCUGACAGCGAUUCAAUGUCGUCCUGGAUGCAAGCCAUACUCGUAGCAGUCGCUUCGAAGAAAAACGAAAAAGACAUCGCACCGGUUGACUCAGACAGAGGUCAUUAUUUGAUAGCGACAGACGGUACCCUCGCCCUCAUCAACUCGACCAAAGACAGGCUUGUAAGCAGGGUCUUCAUGAAAGACGUCUGCACCUUGUUCACUGGCCACGCUUACCUCGUCCUUGAGCUCGAUUGCCACGAAGUCGAGGACAAAGCCAACGACUGGAUCCUCUACUUUUAUUCAGAUGAAAUAAAGUCAAACUUCUUGAACUUCAUGACUCAAACGAAGCCAGAACUCGUUAAAACAAUUUACAAGCACAAGGAAGUCAGUUGUAACUGGUCACAGUGUGCAGAUGAACAGGAAUCGCUCGACAGGCCGUUUCAGAACAUCAUCACAUACCUGACCUCGCUCUAAACUCUCACGCUCAUCCCGUAGAUUUUCAUUUUUUUAUUUUUAUUUUAUUGAAUUGAUUUUUGUUAGGUCAAGCAGCUGAUGCACAUUUUGGAGGGAUUUCCCCUGCCUA